ACAGGGGGAGGGACAGGUAUACUCUCAGACAAAGUUAGUGCGCCUGCUCUGUUUUCCAGCACGGCAUAUUGAACUUUGGUUCCUAUUCUUCGUCAUUCAUCUGAGAGAGAGAGAAGGGAGUGAUGGUGGAGGCUGGAUUUUGUAGCAUUCAAUAUUCUGCUCGUGAGAUACCAAUUGCUAUCUGAUUUCAGUUUCUCUCUCUCAAGAAAUCUCUUGGGUCUACGCUGGCCAUGGCUAUGGCGAGUUGUGUGCAAUUGCACCUUGUACCGGCUGGGUCAUGCUGUAGUGAAACCACUGGAUGUCGGGGACGGCCUGCACCGGCGUUGAGGAUGAUCUGUCGGGGCGGGAGGCAAAGAAGCGUUACAUCAAUUGAAGUGCAGAGAAAACCAGAAGCUCUUGGGAAAAACAUCAAGUCAUGGAUGUGUGUUAGGGCGCAGGCGCAGCCCGAAGGGAAGAAUGUUAAUGAGACGGAGGAAAGUAGCGAGAGUGUGAUGAAGAGAGAGGGGGUUGCAGCAUUAACCGUGGGACUUGUGGAUCCUGAAGUUUCAACAGCUGCAAUUGAAUCCGUCGUUACCGCAGCAGCGAACUCAUCAGCAGUAGUAGACAGAAGAAGGGACCACCGCCACAAAUGAAGAAUCAUGCAUAACGGAGGAACUCAGAUCUAUCUACGCUACCAUGCGGGAGUGGAAAUGGCGAGGCUAUUCAAUUGCGUACACGGUCCACGGUAGCGGUCCGCCUGUACUGCUUGUUCACGGUUUCGGUGCAUCCAUUGGGCACUGGCGAAGGAAUAUAGGAGUAUUGGCCGAGAGUAACACGGUCUACGCCAUUGAUUUGCUUGGAUUAGGAGCCUCGGACAAACCUUUCAAGUUCCUUUACACAAUGGAAACCUGGGCUGAACAACUCGUGGACUUCGUCAAGGAAGUAGUUGGCAAGCAGACUGUUCUCGUCGGAAACUCUAUAGGAAGUCUAGCAUGCCUGAUUGCAUCUGCAGAAGCUGCGCCUUUGAAUCUGGUAAGAGGAACUGUCCUCCUUAAUUGUGCAGGGGGCAUGAACAACAAGGCAGUUACAGACGAUUGGCGUCUCAAGCUGGCGUUACCUCUGCUGUGGCUCAUUGACUUCCUUCUACAGCAACCAUCGAUUGCUGGCCGUCUUUUCGACCGAGUGAAAUCCAAGGAUAAUUUGAAAACUGUAUUACAGUCGGUAUACAGUAACAAGGAAGCAGUUGAUGAUGAGCUCGUAGAGGUUAUUCUGAAGCCUGCAGAAACGGAAGGUGCACUGGAUGCGUUCGUUUCAAUCAUUACAGGUCCUCCAGGUCCGAAGCCACAGACGCUGAUCCCGGUCAUUGAAAAUCCCAUUCUGGUGCUCUGGGGCGAUGAAGAUCCCUUCACCCCUAUUGAUGGCCCUGUCGGGAAGUAUUUCAGAGCUCUGCCGGAGACUAAUCCUCAAGUUCAGUUGUUUCUACUUGAAAAUGUAGGGCACUGUCCUCAUGACGAUCGACCAGACCUUGUCCAUGAGAAACUUGUGCCAUGGCUGGCUCAAUUGCCGGCUUUAACGUAAAAGCUUCUAUGUGAUGCAAAUGAUGUUUUCUACUCGACACCAAAAUAUUCAAGCGCGAUGGAACUGUACAUGAUUCAAUUUCAGAAUAUAAAUUCAUUUAAGUGGCAAAGAAAAACAUAUCAAUGUUGGAUUAUGAAAAA